AUGUAUCAAUCCAAGCAAACAUUCCACAACAAUAAAACCACUCCUGAAAUCCUUUCUUCCACCUCAAACAUCUCCAAAAUGAAGUCUGUCAUCGCUUUCACCUCUGCCUUCCUGGCAACCCUCAACCUGGUCGCCGCUGCUCCCGCCCCGGCUGCAGCCCAGACCGUCUCUGUCUCCUUUGACCCCAAGUACGAUAUUGGCACAUCUUCCUUGAGCACCGUCUCCUGCUCCGACGGCCCCAACGGCCUGCUGACAGCAGGCUUCACCGAUUUUGCCUCUCUGCCCAGUUUCCCCCGAGUUGGCGGUGCCCCCACCGUCGAGGCCUGGAACAGCGAAAACUGCGGUGCAUGCUACAAGCUCCAUUACGCGAAUGGCAAGGUCGACGAAUCCAUUACCGUUAUUGCGGUCGAUGCUGCCCCUGGUGGAUUCAACAUUGGAAAGCAGGCCAUGGACCUGUUGACAAAGAACCAGGCGGAGCAGCUCGGCCGAGUUGACGCUACCUUUGAGCUGGUGGAUGAUAGCGAGUGCGGUCUGUAA